ACUGGCCUCACCAGAAGUCUCUGUUGACAUGAGACGAUUAAUAUAUGUAGAAUAUUGAAGAGAUGUUCUUAGGCGGGAAUCCCGUUUUAUUCCCCUAGCAUGGUAUCACAUUGUAUCCCUUAGCCGAAAUUUCAUUCUGUUCCAUCAUUUCGUCCAAUCUUUUGUGGUCGUGUGUCGUAUUUUGAUCGGUUCUUUGCACGAUGAUAAUUUGAAACGCAGCGAUUCGAUAUUUCCUAGCGGUGGAAACUACCUUGUCCGAACUAAACUACCACGAUAUUCGAUAUUCGACGAGGAUUAUUAAUUCCAGCGUAGUAAUAAUAAGUCAGCUGGCUGGCUGGUGAAAUCAAGGAAUUUGGGGGGUAUUGGUAGAUCGACGCGGGGCGGCACUCGGCUAACCGAAAAUAUCUGAGUCUCCGUUGGCGAAGAUAAGGGAAAUACCUAAAAAGCCUGUGAAAGACAACCAGCCGAAGAAAGACGUUGCAGGAAGAAACACAAGCGCCCGCGGGACGGACGAGAAUACAGAGGGCUAUGAUGUCUCGCAAUAGCCGUAAAUCAGACGAAGAGGCGGCUGCCACGCCGACGAGUAACGAUUACGACGACGAUAUUGCGAAGAAGGCACGAGACGAAUACGCUCUUAACCCCAUAGGCUCUGGUUCGUCCGGCAAGAGCUCGCACACCAAGGGAGGUCAUUUGCGCUUAGCUUCUGGCUCAACCGACAUCGACAUUAACGAUCUGGCGGCCAUCGCCAAUCGAUCGGGGGAAGACUUAGAAAACGCUUCAAUCGACAACGGCGACCGCGCGAGCAUCACAUAUAAAGUGUAUAAGAGGCGAUGGUUCGGUCUCGUGCAGCUCACGCUGUUAAAUAUUAUCGUUAGCUGGGAUUGGCUGACGUUCUCGCCCGUCUCGCAAAAUGCGGCUAUUUACUAUAACACUGACGAGUCCGCCAUCAACUGGCUCUCGAUAUCGUUUAUGUUCUCCUUCGUCGUCAUCUUUCCCUUAUCAAUAUACGCAUUGCAUUGGGGGCCUAAGCCGUCUAUAAUCGCCUCCGCAGUGCUGAUCCUCGCCGGAAACUGGAUCCGCUAUGCGGGCUCUCACUCCCGCGAUGGAGGGCUGUACGGUGUCGUCAUGUUUGGUCAGAUUCUGACUGGAUUGGCUCAGCCUUUCGUUCUGAGCGCCCCGACACGGUAUUCCGACAUGUGGUUCACGAAUAGAGGUCGCGUUGCCGCCACAGCCUUGGCUAGUUUAGCAAAUCCGUUCGGUGCUGCUAUCGGACAGUUAGUCGUGCCGUUCAUGGUCUCGGGACCUAGCGAUAUUUCCAACGCUGUGCUCUAUGUCUCUAUCAUCUCUUCUGUAGCCGCGCUCCCAUCCUUCUUCAUCCCGGCGGCACCACCCACUCCGCCGGGACCAUCAGGAUCGACGCCUAAGGCUACGCUUAAGGACUCUCUACGACUCCUUAAGUCUCUCGAGAUCUGGCUGAUCCUGGUUCCGUAUGCGGUUUACGUCGGCUUUUUCAACAGCGUCUCCUCACUGCUCAACCAGAUCAUGCUCCCCUACGGCUUCUCGUCCGACGACGCCGGCAUCGCAGGUGCUCUUCUCAUCGUCGUCGGGCUCGUCGCCUCCGCCAUCUCCAGCCCAAUUCUCGACCGUACGAAAGCGUUUUUACUUGCUAUUAAAAUCGCCGUGCCUGUCAUCGGGCUGAGCUAUCUCGUCUUUAUCUGGAUGCCAGGUACCCGCGACAUCGCGGGCCCCUACGUUGUCCUCAGUAUCCUCGGCGCAGCUAGUUUCUCUCUCGUCCCCGUUGCCCUCGAGUUCCUAUGCGAGCUGGGUCAUCCGAUGAGUCCCGAAGUCACAUCCGCGAUCGCGUGGGCCGGAGGGCAGCUGCUGGGUGGCAUCUUCAUCAUCAUCAGUGACGCGCUCAAGGCGGACGAGACGGCGGACCCGCCGGAAAAUAUGGACAAAGCGCUCAUCUUCACUGCAGUAGUAGCACUCGUCACCGUACCUCUACCAAUGUCGCUCGGACUAUUCGGACGCGACGAUAAGUUAGUUAUGAGGAGGGUAAGGAGCGAUGAGAGGAACAGGAGCAGCAGUGAGGCAAACGGUAUUGUUGACGGGAACGGGGCUGUGGGGACAGCUAUUUAGGUCUGGUCUCCUUUUUUCAAUGGUUCGCGUAGCUUAGCUCCUAGCUAGCUAAAUGGCUAGCGCGAUGGGAUUAUCCGGGACGGAAAUUCGGCAUAGGCUAUGUAGGACAGGAUACGAUAUGACACGACACGAACAGUGAACCUAUUGAGGAUUAGGUUUUCUUCUUUUUCAGCUUGGGCUGAUGGUAUCAUUGAUGGGGCGGUCUAGACCUGACUCUGGGAAUGGGUCGGCUGCUGCUGAGCUUGAGUAGGAUCUUUUUUCUAUUAAAUGGGGGUUUUAUGAUUUGGGCUUAUGGAUAUUUGGGAUGGGAUGUGGGAGAGUAUGAAUGGGUAGGAUAGGAUGGGCGGGUGGGAUAGACGAUGCUUGCGUGUUCAUGUUCGUGUAUGUGUGUUCAAGUUCGCGCAUGCUGAUGGAUGGAUGCUGUUUAGGUACAUGAUACCCGUUUCGUAGUGUGAAUAGUUGCAGUACAUACAUACCUAGGUAUAUAUACGUAAAUAUAUAUGAGUUUGGUGUUUA